GCCGCACACAUUGCACCUGCCAAAUGGUUUAAGAAAUAGUGACUCAUCAAACGUUUAUGCCAGGAGAAAAUAGAAACAGCUCGACAUUUUGACCAAUCAGUUUAUGUAUGCGUAAUUUCAGUCUGUUCAUGGGUUUCUGAGAUUUCCAAGCAGCAGUAGACUACAAACAACCCGAGUGUUGGUCGUGUGUGGAUGUGUUUCGCUGCUGCGCAGUACAACACGCAGCAUUGAUCCGCCUGAGCCAAUGUUGUGGAUGCACGCACUGGCAUCGAAGGAUCGCUACUCUGAAAUCCGAUGAAGGAGAAUACUCCGCCUGUGGCCCUUCAUCGGCAUCUCUCGGCCACUGGGCUUGCAAUAAACAUUCCAAAGCUGCCUUUGACACCAAAGAAUCAUCAUUGCAUUUUUUAAGAACGCUGUCGUGAUUGACCAGAGGAGACCAAAACCUACCACUACGCAUUCCGAUUUUUUAUUGCCUGCUUGAGGGCUACCUGCAACUGUCACCCUCUAUUUCUGCUGUCAAUAGAUUUCAACCAGCAUCUCUUUUGACCAUCGGUUACCCAGACCGAGACUCAAGAAUGCACCUCAAUGCAGUGUUGCUGGCGGUGGUCCUUUUUGGAAACUUAAUGCUGCAGUACGCCUCGGCUCAAAACGCUGGGUUUGUGAAAUCGCCCAUGUCUGAAACUAAGCUGACAGGGGACACGUUUGAGCUGUACUGCGACGUGGUGGGAUACCCCACACCGGAGAUCCAGUGGUGGUACGCCGAGGUCAACCGCGCUGACUCCUUCAAGCAGCUGUGGGACGGCGCGCGCAAGAAACGUGUCUCCAUCAACACGGCGUACGGCACCAACGGCGUGAGCGUGCUCGGCAUCACCCAGCUGAAGCUGGAGGACUCCGGGACCUACGAGUGCCGGGCCAGCAAUGACCCGCGGCGCAACGACCUGCGGCAAAACCCCGCCAUGACCUGGAUCCGGGCCCAGGCCACCAUAACCGUCCUGCAGAAGCCCAGGAUCAAUGCCUCUGACCAGGUGAUCCUGCCCACGCCACCCCCAACUCAGCACGGGAUGCCGCCCCCCCCUCUGCCGGCCAUCAUCCUGCAGUGCAACCUGACCACGGCCCACAACGCCCACCGCCAGAGCUUCUGGAUGAAGAACGGAGUGGAGAUCGAUUACACAAGGAAGGAAACAACCGACACGGAACAUAAAUUGAACAAGCCACGAGCAGAGGACGCUGGAAAGUAUAUGUGUGUCUACACCUUUGACAUGGCUCCCAACGCAAAUGCCACCAUUGAAGUAAAAGCUGCCCCCGAGGUCACUGGACACAAACGCAGUGAGAACAAGAACGAGGGUGAGAAUGCCAUGCUUUACUGCAAGUCAGUGGGCUAUCCUUACCCAGUGUGGAUCUGGAGGAAAAAAGUCGCCGAGACCUGGGUGGACAUUGACAACUCGUCCGGCCGCUUCUUCAUCAAAAUCCAAGACAGCUACACAGAGCUCAACGUCAUCAACUUGGACAUCAGCACAGACCCCGGCCAGUACCAGUGCAACGCGACCAACAAUAUCGGCCACAAGUCCUCCACGUCCAUAUUGCGGGUGCGCAGCCACCUGGCGCCACUCUGGCCCUUCUUGGGCGUGCUUGCCGAGAUCCUCAUCCUGGUUGUCAUCAUCGUCGUCUACGAGAAACGCAAGAAGCCCGACGAGGUGCCUGAUGAUGAUGAACCAGUUGGACCAAUGAAAAAUUCUACAAAUAACCACAAAGACAAAAAAGUUCGACAACGGAACACCAACUGAGCUGACAGAUCAAGCCAGAGUUGACGGACUGCAUAUCGUGACCAUGUGAAGGUAUCUGAGAGGAGGUCCUGGUGGUUUUUAAUGAAGCACAUCUUCUCGUUCUGAGAAAAACAAACUAA